GUUUGUAGUUUGUAUCCUCUAAAAAAAUUGUGGCAGAGAUACAGUUUUGCUUUCUCCUUCUGUUCAACUCUCCGUUUUUAUUCUCUUUCUCGUGAAUUAUUUGAUGGGUAUUUUUCUAAUAUUUUUUAUAUUAAAAAAAUCUCCUCGAAAGGUUGCGGAAAAAGUAUUAUUUUAAAAAAAUAAAUAUUAUUCCCCCCUCUUCCUUCCUUUCGGGUUGUGUUCGUGUGUCAUAACAAAAGAGGAAGGACAUACGAGAGAAAUCUAAUCAUAUCAUAGGGAAAAAAAGAGAGCAUCAAAGUGCAGCAGAUUCAGAGGAUGAAUGGGGUCACACACCUUGAACCAGAUGAGUCUGAGUUUGUUGAAGUUGAUCCAACUGGCAGAUAUGGCAGAUACAAUGAAAUCCUUGGCAAAGGAGCUUCAAAGACAGUAUAUAGAGCAUUCGAUGAGUAUCAAGGGAUUGAAGUUGCUUGGAACCAGGUCAAGUUGUAUGAUUUCCUGCAAAGCCCUGAAGAUCUUGAGAGGCUUUACUGUGAAAUUCAUCUCCUGAAAACAUUGAAGCACAGAAACAUUAUGAAGUUCUACACUUCUUGGGUCGAUACUGCUAAUAGGAACAUCAACUUCGUGACUGAAAUGUUCACAUCCGGUACACUUAGACAGUAUAGGCUAAAGCACAAGAGAGUUAACAUCAGAGCAGUGAAGCAUUGGUGUAGACAGAUCUUGAGCGGACUUCUCUAUCUUCAUAGUCACGACCCACCGGUGAUCCAUAGAGAUCUAAAAUGUGAUAAUAUUUUUGUCAAUGGAAACCAAGGGGAAGUGAAGAUUGGGGAUCUUGGUUUGGCAGCAAUUCUCCGGAAAUCUCAUGCUGCUCAUUGUGUAGGGACGCCUGAGUUCAUGGCCCCUGAAGUAUAUGAAGAGGCAUACAAUGAGUUAGUUGACAUAUAUUCCUUUGGGAUGUGCAUAUUAGAGAUGGUUACAUUUGAAUAUCCUUAUAGUGAAUGUACUCAUCCGGCUCAAAUCUACAAAAAAGUUAUUUCUGGGAAAAAGCCAGAUGCUUUGUAUAGAGUGAAGGAUCCAGAAGUGCGGCAAUUUGUUGAGAAAUGCUUGGCCACAGUGUCUCUAAGGCUUUCUGCAAGGGAGCUUUUAGAUGAUCCAUUUCUUCAAAUUGACGAUUAUGAAUAUGAUUUGAGAACUGUAGACAAUGGGGAAUUGGAUGAAUUUGGUCCUCUCAUGAGACAGCCAUUCUUUGAUCUUCAUCGAAGCUAUAGUAACUUCAGUAAUGAAUACACGAAUGGCUUUGGGUACGAAGGAGACUGGGGUCCUCAUCCGGCUGAGAUCGAACCUAGUGGAAUUGAACUUUUUGAGUACCGUGAUGAUGAUGAACCCUCUGAAGAUGUUGACAUAAGCAUCAAGGGCAAGAGGAAAGAUGAUGGUGGUAUCUUUUUGAGACUAAGAAUUGCUGAUAAAGAAGGUCGCAUCCGAAAUAUUUAUUUCCCAUUUGACAUAGAGAUGGACACAGCAAUAAGUGUGGCAACUGAAAUGGUUGCAGAGCUGGACAUGACUGAUCAGGAUGUUACCAGAAUAGCAGAUAUGAUAGAUGGGGAAAUUGCUUCCUUGGUACCUGAAUGGAGACCAGGACCAGGAAUUGAUGAGACUCCCCGUUUUGCUAAUCAAGGUUUAUGUCACAAUUGUGUGUCUAAUCAUACUUCUAGCGGUUCUUUUCUGGAUUUUCUUUCAAACAAUCCAGAUAACAAGAACUUGCAACUUCUCGAUUGUUGUAGGCAUGGAUGUGCUUCAAUGCAUGGACGGUUUGGGGAGAUUACCUUCCAAUCUGAAGAGUAUGACAAUCAUGCUAGAGGGGAUCUGAACAUAUCAAGCCAAUUAGACAGCUUGCAGUAUCAGGAGUUAUGGAAUCAGCAUGAAAGUCGUGAAUUGAGUCCGGUAGAGUCUGAUCAAAGUCAUUCUGAUGAACAAUAUGAGCAAUUAGAUAAACUGAUUCUUGCUAAAGACAAAGCACAGGAUGUUUGGGAAGACAAGUUUUCCCUCAAUGCAGCAAAUUCUCUAAGAAAUUUAUCAGGAAGUCAUGAUUUCUCUACUAUCCGAUCGACCUAUUGUGACCUUGAGGAUGACUAUGAGAAAGAGAUCCAAAAGGAACUCAGAUGGCUCAGAGCCAAGUACCAAAUGGAGUUAAGGGAUCACAAGGAUCGACAGUUUGGGCAAUGUUCGCAUAGUUGUAACAGUGAGCACAGAACAGAAAAUGGCUUUUUGUCACCUUCACUGACAGAAACAUUAAAAGGAGGCAACAAUGGGACUCAGUUGAAACCCAUUACUACCAAGUGGAAUUGUGAUUCCAGUAGUCACCCUCAUGUCCAUGAAAGCAGCCCCAAUUCGGACACCCAAAGGGCCCAAAAUUGUGUGGCGAUUAAAUCCCCUGGAGAAGGUAUGGUUACUGCAAAGAGUUUUUACACGGGCUCAUUGCUUCCACACUCUUUGCACAGGACAGUUUCCCUCCCAGUUGAUGCUGUUGAUAUAUAAUUUUGUGAGGCACUCAUUGGAUUCUUUUGUAGAUUAUAUAUACUAUAAAUCCCCAUAUAGAGGCUAUCUGAUUUCUACAUCCCUCCUUUUUUUCAUAGGAUUUUCAAUUUACCCACAUGGAAAUCGGUAGCUACUGGCUAUAAUCCUUUCCCCCCCACAAAGGCAUCAACAUACACUUGAGUGUUUAUUUAUCUAGGAAAAAGAAAAUCAGAUUUUGGUUACGGAUGCUAGUGAUCGUGAAUUUCAUAAUUGAGGCAUGUAAAAUAUGAAAGUAGUAGAGUCUAUGUAAAUCUGUCCAAGUAUAUUAUUGUAUCUCCCACGUUAUGAAACAACUAUUGAUAGACCUCAGCGUGUUAA